GCCCGGGGACAGCGGGGACAGCGGGGGCUGGCCCGGGGACAGCGGGGACAGCUCGGCAUGGCGCAGUACGCGAGGAGCCCCGCCGUGGCCGUGAUCCGGCUCCGCAACCCGCCGGUGAACACGCUGAGUUUUGCAGUUCUCCAGGCUUUAGAGGAUGGACUGGAGAAAGCAGAUGCAGAUCCCUCAGUGAAGGCUGUUAUGAUUUGUGGUGAAAAUGGGAAAUUCAGUGCAGGAGCUGACAUCCGAGGGUUCUCCUCUCCAAACAGACCAGUCAAGUCCUUGGCCGCCCUCGUGUCCCUCAUAGAAAGCAGCAAGAAGCCGGUGGUGGCGGCCAUCGAAGGCGUCGCCUUGGGAGGAGGCCUGGAGGUGGCGCUGGGCUGUCACUACAGGGUGGCACACGUGAAGGCUCGGAUGGGUUUGCCAGAGGUCACCCUUGGGCUACUUCCAGGUGCUGAAGGCACUCAGAGACUGCCCAGACUGAUUGGGGUCCCAGCUGCUCUGGAUAUGAUCACCACAGGAAAACACAUUCCAGCAACUGAAGCACUGAAGCUGGGCUUGGUUGAUGAAGUGGUGGAAGAAAACACAGUUGAGGCAGCAAUUCGCCUGGCAAACAAAGUGAUUGGCCAGCCCCUGGGACCCCGCAGGCUCAGCCUGAAGCCGGUCCCCAAGCUGCCCGACAUGGAAGCCUUUCUCAGCGAAGCCCGUGUGAGAGUGAAGAAGCAGGCGCAGGGGUGCCUGGCUCCGGAGCUGUGCUUCCAGGCCGUCAGGGCCGCCACCCAGAUGCCCUUCGCCGACGGGGUGCGCAGGGAGCGAGAGCUGUUCAUGGUCCUGCUGAGCUCGGGCCAGGCCCGGGCCCUGCAAUACGCGUUCCUUGCCGAGAGAGCCGCCCAGAAAUGGACAACUCCCGGCGGGGCCUCCUGGAGCAGCGCGACCCCACAGCCCGUCCGCUCUGCGGCCGUGAUCGGGCUGGGAACAAUGGGCAGAGGCAUUGUGACUUCUCUGGUUAAGGCCAACAUACCUGUGGUAGCCCUGGAGCAGGAUCUGGAGUAUCUGAACACGGGAAGAAAAGCUGUGAUGCUCCUUUUGGAACGUGAGGCGAUGAAAAUGGGUGCCCAGACCCUGGAUUUCCAUAACCCUGCACGUCUGCAGUUCACUGUGGACUUUGAUUCGUUGCGUGAUGUGGAUCUCGUCAUUGAGGCUGUGUUUGAGAACAUGGCACUGAAGAAGGAAAUAUUCCACAAGCUCUCGAGGAUCUGCAAGCCAGGGGCCUUGCUGUGCACAAACACAUCAGCCCUGAACAUCGACGAAAUAGCUUCUGCCACCAGCCGCCCACAGCAGGUCAUUGGCACCCACUUCUUCUCCCCUGCCCACGUGAUGAGGCUGCUGGAAAUAAUCUAUGGCCGCCACACGUCCCCCACGGCCAUCGCCACUGCCGUGCAGCUGGCCAAAGCACUCAAAAAGGUUGGAGUGGUGGUAGGGAAUUGCUUUGGGUUCGUUGGGAAUCGAAUGAUGUUCCCGUACGUACAACAGGCAGUUUUCCUUCUAGAGGAAGGAAGCAGACCGGAAGCGGUGGAUCGGGUCCUUGAAGAUUUCGGGUUUAAGAUCGGACCGUUCCGCAUGUCCGACCUGGCUGGGCUGGAUGUGGGCUGGAGGUCGCGGCAGGGCCAGGGCCUCACGGGGCCCUCGGUGCCCGCGGGGACGCCGGCGCGGCAGCGGCGGGGCCAGCGGUACAGCCCCCUGCCAGACCUGCUGUGCGAGAGCGGCCGCUUCGGCCAGAAAACCGGCAAGGGCUGGUACCGGUACGAGAAGGCCGGGGGCAGGACAGCCACGCCAGACCCGUGGCUCCACAACCUCCUGGCCCAGUACAGGGACACCCACGGCAUCGAGCCCCGCUUCAUAGACCAGGAGGAAAUCCUGGAGCGGUGUCUGUUUUCCCUCAUCAACGAAGGCUUUGCCAUCCUGGCUGAGGGAAUAGCGUCGGGCCCGGAGCACCUGGAUGUGAUUUACAUCAAUGGCUACGGGUGGCCAAAGCACAAGGGCGGCCCCAUGUUCUACGCCUCCACCGUGGGGCUCCCCCGCGUGCUGGCCAAGCUGCACAAGUACUCCGAGGCCCAUCCUGAUGUCCCUGGGCUACGGCCCAGUGCCUUUCUGAAAAAGCUGGCGGCUGUGGGGAACCCCCCCAUCAAAGAGUGGAUGUCCUACCUCAGCCAGCAGAGCUCCAGGCUGUGAUUCCACUGGUGGAGGCUGAUCCCAUGGAACCAGUGCUGUAAUUGCACCGUCUUUUCCAAUCAAACCCACAGUGCUGCAGGCUCAUAAACAAUGUCAUGAACCUUCCUGGGCCUUUACAGGGAAUAACUUUGGCCAGUGAUUGAUCCCAGUCCUCCUCUUGCUGCAGGUAACCACUGCCUUCAUCCAUCCUCCUUCCUAAGCCCCAGCCUCACCCACUUUCUUCACACACUGCUGUGUAAAGGCCUGUCUCAUAUUGCACUGCCACUGGGUUGUCACAGCUGUCUUCCUCUUCCAGUUUGUCUAUGGGAAGGCAGGGAAGAGCAUCCACAGCCCACAAUGCAAAUCAUGGUUGGAGCCAACAGAGAGAUGAUCACAAUUCACCCAAGACCAGCUGGAUCUACCAGAUCCUGCCUUCAAUCUGUUUCCCAGUUUGUUCAGUUCUUUCCUGUGGAGCCCACCUCCACUGGAUUCUCUGGAUCUCCCACGGACAUCCAGCUGAAGCCUGAUCCCUUCCUGCUGCUGUGGGAGUGUUGGCACAAGGGUAUGGCACCUUUCAGAGUUAAAGUCAAAUGAAGUGGAGAAAGUCUGGGCAGAGAUCAAGGGGCAGGGCUGGUACCAUCCCUCCUCCCUGCUGCAGAGGAGACUAAUAAAUGCCAGAAAACCCACAAAUACUUCAACCUGCCUACAAUGCCCUGUGGUGUUGGCUCACGACUGGCCUUCUACAUCCAGACUCCAUCCUCCCUUACCAUUAUCUCCACUCGGCUUUGUCCAAGCAGAAACAUCUUCUGGCACCUCUUCAGUGUGGAAAUGUGUUGCCAUCACUCCCCCAUCUUGCCUGCCUACAGCUACCAGGUCUUGGGGCUCAGCAGGCUCUAACUGACCAGAUUCAAACGUUUCACAUUUUCACGUGGGCAGAAAGCACACUGAGAAGGGCAGGGCACAAGAGCUGUGCAGGCAGGGGCACUGCUGCAGGCAGGCAGGGAGGUGACAAAUCCCUAGCAGAGAGCAGAGGGAGAGGGAGCCAAACUUGCUCCAGGCUUUGGGACAGUGUCUCUCAUUUCACGUGUCUAGUGUCUAUCUUCCAGUCUGGUGUGGGGAAUAGGUUGGUCUAGGUUCCCUUCUCAGGGACACUGAAUGUCUAACUUUUGCUUUUAAUUUAAUAAAACUGCUUUGAUAAUCUAA